AUGGGGAUCCGACAUCUGACCACGUUCUUGCGCCCUUAUGCAGAUGCAGCAUCAUUGGAUGGCCAGCAAGUUGUGAUAGACGGCCCCUCUUUCGCUCACCAGGUCUACUACCUCUGUCUCAAAGCUACUCCAGGAGCCCAAAAUGCACUGGAAGCUGCACCGUCCUAUCGAGCAUUAGCAGACACAGCUAUUUCAUGGCUAGAUACCGUCAGAGCAAGCAAUGUGCAUAUAAAGAAGAUAUAUUUUGAUGGCUACCUGCCUCAAGCGAAGCUUGAUGUCCGGCUAGAAAGGCUUCAGAGCUCGACACAUCAAUUGACUAAGUUCCAUCAGACAAGUAACGCGCCUUGUCGGUCCUCUUUUCCAAAAGCCAAUGAUGCCCCACUACCUGUAUUUCAAGGCGGUGCUGUCCGUUCUGGCCUAACGACACUUCCUGCCGUGUCAUUUGUCGUACCAGCAAUUCUCGAAGCUCUGAUUUCGUCGAGCAAAUAUGCCAAUAUUACCGAGGUCGUUCCAGGAGAGGCAGACCUGUACUGUGCAAGAUAUCUGAAGCAAGAUGGUGGAAUAGUUUUCACUAGCGACUCCGACCUUCUGGUGCACGAUCUAGGCUUGAACGGUGCAGUGACUUUCUUUAGUGAUAUAGAACUUACUGCAGGUGAUAGUCCAGGAAUCUUGCGCACUCAAACUUUUCACCCAGCAGCCAUCAGUGAGCGUCUGACACUGCCAAAAUCCCACGGUCUUCAUUCACUGGCAUUCGAAAUAUUCAUGGAUGCUCAAGGGACCUUUCCGAAACUUCUCACACAAGCGCAGUCUCUCAAAGCCAUCACAAGCCAUAGGCAGAUGUUCGAUGACUUCCUCAAAGAAUAUGCUCCGCUGCGCGCUGAAUCGGAGAUGUCCAUAGAAUAUGCACAGGCCCUCCGAGUUCUUCGACGUUUGGAUCCAAGAACUUCUGAAUACGUACUCCAAUUUCCUAGCCUUGCUCAUAUUGCUGGUCAACCGCUGGUAAGUGGGAAACCUGCUUCGCUGUCGCCUCAUGUUUUUUUGCCAUUUCUAAUUGAUUGCCCUGUUCGCACGAAUGCUUGGGAAGCUUCGACGGCCACUCGGCAACUUGCAUAUGGCCUCGUCAAUAUCAUUGUUCCUACUCGCGAGCAAGCGUCGAGUGUGUUCGAGCAUAGAAGGCAGUUGGAAAAGUCAGGAGGCCGGGAGCUGAUGCUUCCCGAAGUCCUUGACAUCUCCGAGGCGUGCACCGCCGUGCUGGAAACAUUCCAAACCCUAAAAAAUAAACUGCCAGAUUUUACAGAAACGCAUAUUUGGGUGGCUUUUGCCGUGCACCAAGAUAUUGAAUGGUCAGCAUCCAGCUCGAAAACUGCGGCUAGUCAGCUAUUCCUACAGCGUAUUUCUUAUCCAAAACUUUCCGACCCGUCUGGGUACCUUGGAUGGGAUGUCAUUCAGUUCUUCGCUCAACUUCAAGGCUCGUUGUAUUCUUUUAGAAUGUUGCAGCAGAUUACAAGUCUGGUAGUUGCAACUGGACAUAAAACCUCAAUACCUGAGGCGGUCCAUCGUCUACAUUCCCUGCUAGGGUCUGUCCCAACAUUGGUCGACUAUCCCGAUCUUGGGACUGCGUCUUCCAUCGUCCGAAAUUCUCAUGGUGUGAAGUUCUUGAAGAACUUGAGGGAAGUGUUGAAGGUUCUGGACUCUUCUCCCACGUAUCUUGCUCAGAAUGACACCAAAUCGAAAGCAUCAUCGAAGAAGAAGCGAAAGAGAGACCAAGCUGCGACCGAGUUACCACCGGGAAAGCCAAAAUCGAGCAAUCCAUUUGCAUUGUUGGAGAGUGAUUGA